AUGGGAGACGAGCUGGACCUGAAGACUGUGGGAGACAUUAUCGCUAUAAUUGAAGACAAGGCAGAUGAGGCUGCAGAGGCUUUGGAUGCAGCUGCAGUUGAAGCUGCUUUGUCCCUCUGUGAGGAGAAUGUCCACGCCCUAUCUGGAUCCUGGGCAACCGGGCCAUUCCAUCCCCAAGAGCCUCACCCCACAGUGUCUGUGGUGGUCACACAGUCCUCAUCCUUUCAUCGCAGCCUGGAGGGGGGAGCAGACGCUUCGCUCUCUUCUCUGUACAGCAGUCAAGAAAACAACCUCACAGUGUUUCCUGUGGAACUGAGGAGCCUUCCUCUCAGCUCCUCAUGCAGCUCAAAGACUUUGGAGCGCUGCCGCGUUGCAACACCUCCACAGGCCGAUGCAACAAGAGAGACUAAGGAGGCAGGGGACCCUAACAAACAAGCUUUAAUGGAUGGCAGCAAAGAACGGGAAAGGGAAAAUAAGCCACAGCAACUAUAUGAAAAAGACUAUAGAGACUCAGUAUUAGAAGAUAACUCACAGACUGACUGGCAGCCCGAGGAGGCAAAAGUGGAGGAUGGAGUCAGUGCUGGCGAAGGGGAGGACUCCUCUGAGACCAAAGCAGACAGCGAGGUCAUCGAGCCCGAGGUGUGCGAAGAGGACGAAUGUGACGAGGUGGAGGAAUUCUUCUCAGAACCAGACGGAGAAAUGGAGCUAGAACCUGCAGCCAGUGAGAGCGAGGACGGCUACAGCCUUCACACGGCGUCCUCGUCUCUACAGCUCCACACAACCGCAGACUCAAUCCCCAGCAGCCCCACCUCAUCGCAGUUUUCGAUGUGCAGCGAGGACCUGGAAGCUCUGCAGGCUCACAAGAUCUGGAAGAAAGCCAUAAUGCUUGUGUGGCGCGCAGCAGCCAAUCACAGGUAUGCAAAUGUUUUCCUUCAACCAGUAACGGAUGAAAUUGCACCUGGAUACCAUAGUAUUGUGCACAGGUAA